AUGGUUGGCUGCCAUGACGUGCACCUCAAAGGCCAGCGCCUUCUUCACACUGGAGUCAGCGUUCCAUUGUUGGAAGCCCACAGCUUUUGCAUAGAGAUGGCUUCAGGUGACUCAAGAGCCCUGAGUAGAGCGUGUGAAGGCCUUUUGGCCAGCCCUACAGCAGAAGAAAGGUUCUUGAGCUUGGGAGCUUCUCAUAGCUGUGCCUUUGUGAAGUGCUUGAGCCAAGGUUGCGUCAGCCCUUCUGGUGACAAACUGUCUUCAGAGGUGGAUGAGACCAUCCAUCGGUUGAGCCAGCAUGGUUGGAAGUGGCAGGUUUUCACAGCUCAGUGUGAAAAGUUGCUGCCCAAUUUCCCCAACUUUGUGUCCAUUGCUUUGAACUCGAGCAACAGCAACUCCAUUGGUGGGACAGAGGUUGAGGCAGCUUCUCAAAUUGUACAAAUGUACAAUUCUGGCCUGGAGCUAGAGGAGGCCAUUUUCUUUGCCAAGGCUGGUGAACCUAGGUGCAAAGAGUAUGUAGAGCAGGUGGGCUUGUUUGCCUCCAAGUUUGGUGGUGGCAAGCAGUUUCCAUUGGUAUCCUUUUUGCACGCCUUCAGCCAAAAGUUUGGACACUCCCUGCUGGUUGGAGAGGAAGUAUGGAUGCAAGUGCUUCACACAGACUUCAAAGAUUCUCAGACCGUGUAUCCCUUUUGCAGGGUGGCAAUUUUGGCUUGCUGCUUGACUAGCAGCAAGCAUGCUGAUGGUGUCCAGAAGCUUAUCACAAAGAGUGAUGCUGAGAGAUUGAAGAGUGUGACCUUGAAGGCCCAAACCAAAAGUGUGGAAACUUUGCUGUCUAAAGGCUGGGAAGCCUUGGGUGAACGCAGCUUGCCCAAAGAUGAUCAGCAUGUGGCUUUCGGUCGCUUUGCUGUCAGAUUGCUUCUCCACUUCCUGAAGAAAACCGACAGGGAAAAGGCUUUUGAGUCAGUCACCCAGAUACAGGGAUUUGGAGAGGAUUGUGUGAAGCUGUCCAAGCCCAGUGGGUCUUCAGAUGAGAAAGCUUCAGAGCCCUUGGAAGAACAUGAAGGCCUCCUUUUUGAGCUGGUGGGCAUUGAUGAUGCCUAUGCUACCUUUGUCCACCUACCCCUGUUUGGUGACAAGGUGACCAAGCAAGUCGGCAUAGAUGAUUUGAAGGCAUGGAGGCCUACCAAAAAAGAGCAACCAAAGAAGUGCACACCAGAAAUGGUUGCUUUGCACUCUCCUGAAAACUCAAGUUUUUCUUGGAAGAGCAGGAGGGCAAAGGUUCAACAUUUGCUCUUGCAGGGCUACCAAGACAGCUUGCAAGGCCAGAAGUCACUGCAUGAAAGCCUGCGCUUUGUGUCACCGCCCUCUGGUCUAUGGGCUUCCAAGAAAAUUCCCAAGGGCAAGCUGAAGCUAUGGCCCUGUGGCUCUGUUAGCAAAGUGAAGGAUAGCACCACCCACAACAAUGGCUGGGUUGUGGAAUUGGAAGGUGUAUCCUACAGCAUCACUCCCUUCAAGGCCUUCACAGAGUUUGUUACGCUGACCAAAGACAAACAUGCUCAUCUCUUGGUACCUUUCUUUUGGGUGAAAAGGAACAAGGAGGAGGGCUCAGGCAACAUGGAAGUGAACAUGAUGAGCUAUAAUGGGUUGAAAGUGCCCACCCUGGUGAACACUGAUCAAAUUGACACAUCUGUGCAGUUGUUUCUUGAGGACAAAGUUGAUGAGGUGAAGCCAUCUGCCUCCAAGAAAAGAAAGACAAAGUAA